CUUUUUUCGGGGGCGUGCGGGCGCCGCGCGCGCUUGCCGGCUGGCCUCGCUUGGUUGCGGCCCUGCCGGGCCCCCCGUAUAUUGCAAAGCCGCCCUCGCCUCGGGGGCAGGGCCGGCGGCCCGCCGCAGGCCGCCCGGCGUACGUUAGUUUCCUUCGGCUAUGCCCGGCCCGGCAGCCGCGGUCCCCGGGGCCCGUUCGUUGCCAUCUUGGCGCCAUUCUUUCAUUGGCUGCCCUUCCUCCGUUUGCCGGGUGGUGGGGCCCCCCGCCCACUCGCUCGCGCCCUCGCGCGCCAGCACGCUGCCGGGCUUGUGUGCGUCGGCUGUGCCUGCCCGGUCGGCACUGACUCGUCCCGCCGCCGCCGACGCGUGCCCUCACUACUCCGCGCGCCCGCGCGCAACAGCAGUUCUUUGCACGCAUGUAUGUGUAUGCUUCUCCUGUGCGGGGUGAUGUGACUUAUAGGCUGGGCAGCUUCGCCCGCGAUUUUGAUUUAAUCCUGCAAGGCGCGCGAGCUUUCCUGUGAAGAUCAUCCGGCUCCGGACGCAAAAAAAGGAUAGCACCAGCAUGGAGAUUUUAUUCUUUUCAUUUUAGCUACUGACACACAGGCACACCGCACUCACUUGCUUAGCUACUGACACACAGGCACACCGCACUUUCGUCACCUGUGCUGCGUGUCAGAUGAACACUAUCAGCGAUGAGGCGACCUUCUUAUGCUGCAGCUAACGCUAAGUAGAGAUCCCGUCCGUCUUCCUUGUACUUUUGGCCUCUUGCUGUAAGAACAUAUUUAGUUUUCCACGGUAAGUAGAAGAAAUCGAAGCUGACAGCUACACAGCGACCUUCUGCUUAGACGCACAGACAGAAACCCUAGCUUUUCCGCCGACCUCCUCCUAAAACGUAAUCCAUUGGAUUCAUUAUCAUUUUCCACUUGUAAAAAUCACAAAUUCUCAAACAAAGCACCAUGCCGACCCAGCAAGAGACUCUUCAGCAGGUCGCCCAGGCGAAGACCUACAAGGACGCGGGGAACGACUUUUUCAAGAACAAGCAGUACCGCAAAGCCCUGGGCCGCUACCACUUCGUUCUCCUCCACGUCAACGGGAUCCACGACCCGGACGAAGGAAAUCAGGGCCCGAAGGGGCCGAAAGCGACGACGUUUGGGGAGGAGGACAGCGGCAUGGGGAUCGCGAAGAUGAUGGCGGAGCAGUCGCAGAGCAAGGAGGAAAAGCUGGAGAAGACGAGCCUGGAGGAGAUCAGAUUAUUGAAAAUCACAACGAGAGUCAACAUGAUGACCUGCUUGCUGUUACUGUACGAGGAGAUUUGUGAGCAGCAGGCCCAGCCGAUGGAGGUGGAUGAUCAUCCGAUGGAGAUGACUGGUGACUUACCAUCGCCAGGCGGGAACAAUCAGAGUAGCAAUGCGAUGGACGUGGACGACGACGCAGCUGGUGCUAGCGCGGUAGCUACAACUGGUAGUGCGGGAAGUAGUUCCAGUACGACAAAUAAUCAAACACCAACCACCAACCCUGAUUUGCAGAAACAGGAGGAAGAAAAAUCCAGGCUCCUUUCCCGUUGUAUCGAGGAGGGGAAGAAAGCGGUAAAUUUGGUCGAGAAAUUCCCCAACUUGCCCUAUCCGAGCGGGGCGCAGUACGCCGGAAAGCCGUACUUCAAGCUCGGCCAGGGUUUUUUGAAGGAGAAAAACGUGGAAAAAGCGGUGGAAAUGUUCGAAAUGGCGGGGAGCAAAGGGGGUAUUGACUGCCGAAAGGAGAUGAACGAAUGCAAGGUGUUGAGAAAACGAAUUGAGAAGGAAGAUUCCAAGCGGAUGCAAAUGAUGUUCGGCGGGAAGUUGAGAUGAGGGUCGUGAAGGUGACAGGGAUGAAGGAUAGUUUUGAUUUGUGGUGCAUCUUGUAGAAGCAGCGGCGCGGGCCAUUGAGGUGCUGUGCUUUGGAUGUAACUAGGGAUCUCUUGUUCCUCUGCGACGGAAGCAUUCACAUUGAAGUUCACCACACUAUCACGGCGUGCUGAAAUAAAACAACAAGAAAGAAAAGGCAACACGUAAGUGUAGUGCCUCCAGAGUGCUUUUUUAGCUUUCCUU